AUGUCGCAGCUGGGCGCCGAUGCCUUCGAGAAGGCCCGACUGGAACUCAACGAAAACCCCAAUACGCUACACCGCGACAUACAGCAGGUGCGCGACAUGAUCGUGACGCGACCGGACAUCGGCUUCCUGCGAACGGACGACGACUUCAUCCUGCGCUUCCUGCGAGCGCGCAAGUUCGACCCGGUGGAGACCUUCCGCCUGCUGGCGCAGUACUUCCAGUUCCGCCAGCAGAACCUGGAUAUGUUCCAAAGCUUCAAGGUGGACGACCCCGGCAUCAAGCGGGCCCUGACGGACGGCUUCCCGGGCGUCCUGGAGACGCCGGACCAGCACGGCCGCAAGAUCCUCAUCCUGUUCGCUUCCAACUGGGACCAGAACAGGAACUCCUUCACGGACAUCCUGCGGGCCAUAUUGCUCUCUCUGGAGGUUCUGAUCGAGAAACCAGAGUUGCAGAUCAACGGCUUCGUGCUGAUCAUCGACUGGAGCAACUUCUCCUUCAAGCAGGCCUCCAAGCUCACGCCCAACAUCCUCAAGCUGGCCAUCGAGGGCUUGCAGGACAGUUUUCCGGCGCGCUUCGGAGGCAUCCAUUUUGUCAACCAGCCGUGGUACAUUCACGCCAUGUUCACCAUCAUCAAGCCCUUCCUCAAAGACAAGACCAGGAAGCGGAUCUUUCUGCACGGCAACAACCUGAACUCGCUCCACCAGCUGAUCCAGCCCGAGUGUCUGCCGUCCGAGUUCGGGGGCACGCUGCCGCCGUACGACAUGGGCAUGUGGGCGCGCACCCUGCUGGGCCCCGACUACAUGGACGAGACCGAGUACACGCUCACCUACGACGCGCUGCGCGUCCGAGAGAACGGCGGCGGCGGCGGCGACAAAGAGCUGAUGAAAAGGUCUCAGUCGGCGGUCGAUCCCGGCGCGAUGCGACAGAUGGACCGGGAGACCAGCACGCCGCUUCUGGCCCUGGACUGA